AUGGAGUUUCUGGGGACCACACAGGUAGCCAGCUACUGCGGCACAAAGAAGAGCUGCCUGUUCCCGGACCUGGCCCCCACCAGCACCACCAAGGACACCUACCAGUCCUACUACCUACCGGGCUACCGCCACCUCAGCUCCUGGAGGCCUAGUCUGCUUCACAAAGUGAUUUCGGUCCCUCCCAGCUCUGAUGAGCCAUUUAAUCCCACUGGGCGGCCGCCUACUGUUCUGCCCACAUUACGGUCUGCCCUGCAUGCCCGCUACAGCACUUGUGACUGGCACCAAGCAAACAUGGUGCAAUUAAAAGGCUCCGAAGCCUCCAGGUACUGGGCUGGUAGGAUGAACACGGAUUCAGUGCGACUGAUGCAAGAUAAGGACCAAUUGACUUAUCAGAUGCAAGAAGACAGUAGAAGAAACCUGGGAGAGAGGAUCUCCAACAUUGAUUUCUGGAGAUCUGAGCUUGUCUAUGAGCUAGAGUGUCUGCUGAGAGAGACCCAAGCCUUGGAAACCGCAAAGAAACGUCUCGAAUGUGCUGCAGAUGAAAUGCAAGGACCUCUGAAGACUGCCCUGGAAUGCUUGUACUACCGUGAGAAGCGGAAAGGCAUAGACUUGGUUCAUGACAAUGUGGAAAAGAACCUCAUAAAGGAAGUUGAUGUAUUCAAAGAUUGUCAAGAAAUGUUGGCAAAACUUGCCCAGAGAAUCAAUCGUCAGUUGGGUAUCAACAGAGAUGCGCAGCAUGCCCUGGAGCAGGACCUUUCUGACAAAAACUCUGCCCAUUUUAUUGAUGAGAAGUGCUUUAACCUGAGGAACACAUCAGACAGCAUCAACUUCUACCAUGGAGUGGAGAAAGUAGAUGGGACAGUUUCAGUCCCCGUAACAUGGGCUGAAUUCAGUGAAGACAAUAUCAGGUGCUCUCAGCAUGCAAGGGCCAACUCUGUCAAGCUCCGUGAGGAUACAGAGGUUGGACUGGAGAGCACAUCUGAGGACAUGUGGAAUCAAUUCGUCAGCACCAACUUGGCCUUUAAUAAUCGCAUUGCCGAAGUAGCUGAUGCAAAGAACAAACUCCAAGCACAACUGGCCAAGGUACUUCAAGAAAUCUUCCAGACAGAAGAUACGAUCAUGCUAUUGGAGAGAUCCAUAAUGGCAAAGGAGUACCCUCUGAAAGUGGCUCAGACACGCCUGGAGACGAGAACUAAACGACCCAAUAUAGAGCGCUGCCGUGAUGCACCUCAGUACCAGCUUGUCACUGAAGUUUACACUAUAGAUGACACCUUACAGACCUUAAAGAAACGUCUGCAAGAAGCCCGUGAUACUCUGCAGAUGCUGCUCGCCAACAAAUCGAAGCUGGAACACGACAUUUCUGUGAAGGCAAACUCCUUCUUCAUUGACAAGAAGUGUAUGGACAUGCGCAAAACCUUCCCCAGUACCCCACGCCUCGUUGGCUACACUUGAGCAGGAAACUUCGAUAUCUUUCACACACAAUAUAAACGUUGCAAAGAUUUUCUGAAGAGAACUUUUUUUUCCCCCCAAAUAACAAAAUCCAAUAGAAAUAAACUAACCCAAAUCAA